GGAUUGAGUUGAUAAAAGAUUCAUUAUUGAUAUUAUUAUUGUUGUUAUUGCUUUUAAUAAUGUCGGUAAACUUGAGUAAAAACGGUCCUGCACUUACAGCGGCUUAUAAAGAAGUGGUGGAUGAGAAGUCUGAGACUGACUGUGAUGGGAAGAUGCCAAACCUUUAAGAAGAAAACACAACCAUGUGGAGAACUUGUAAAACUCCUCAGAGACAGUGAUUGGAGGGCGUUAUUCACCUAUGAGGGAAACACCAAUGAUAUUCGCCUGGCCAGCAAAGGAGAUGGAGGGCUGGAAGAGCUGGUGGAGGAGCUCAACAGCGGGAAGGUAAUGUACGCUUUCUGCCGGGUGAAGGACCCCAACUCCGGCCUCCCGAAAUACGUCCUCAUCAACUGGACCGGCGAGGGUGUAAAAGAUGCUAGGAAAGGACAGUGUGCCAACCAUGUUAGCUCCAUGGCUAACUUUCUGAAGGGAGCUCACGUGACUAUAAACGCUCGUGCAGAGGAAGAUGUCGAACCCGAGUCUGUCGUGCAGAAAGUGGCUAAAGCUUCAGGAGCAAACUACAGCUUCCACAAAGAGUCCAACCGCUUUCGGGACACGGGCCCACAGGGACCAGUGGGUUCUGUGUAUCAGAAGACCAACGCCAUGUCUGAAAUCAAGAAAGUCAAUAAAGACAACUUCUGGGCCCAGGCAGAGAAAGAUGAAGAGAAGCGUCGCCAGGAGGAGAAGAAGAAGGCAGAUGAGGAGCGGCAGCAUCUGGAGAAGGAGAGGAAGGAUCGGGAGGCUAAAGAGGCUGCUGUGAGGGAGAGGGCGGCUAAAGAAAGAGCCUCUCAAAUCGAGGAGCAGAGGAAGUAUCAGCAGCAGCUUGAGGAGAGUCAAAAACAACAGAAAAAGCAGCAGGAAGACGAGCAGCCGUCUGGACGACCCAAAGGUUUUAAGCGUGCAGAAUCAGUGGAGAAAGCCAAUGAAGCUGCUGCCCUGAUCUCGCAGCGUUCUGUUAACCCCAGGGAAAUGUUCCAACAGAGAGAGAGAGGCGUCAGGUCCAGCGACACAGACAACACACCUUCCAGCCCACAGCCUGGGCGGUUGAAAAGCCCUUUUCUGUCUAAGCAGCCUUAUGAGCCGGAACCUCUUCGCUCUCCUGUACACCAGGCCUCACCUGUACGAGCCGCAGAGCCGAAAGUGGAGCAGUAUCACACUGAGUAUAAGGAACAAGAUACAACUCAAACAGAAUAUGAAGAGCCGAGAGCGGUGCAGUAUCACACUGAGUAUGAGGAACAAGAUGCUGAAGCAGAAUAUGAAGAUGUACAGACAGUGAGUGAUCAGUAUAAUUCUCGUGAGGAACCACAGCAGCAGCAGCAGCAGCAGUAUAAAGCAGAACCAGAGCCAGAUAAUGUUUAUGAUGAUCCACAGCAGGUGGAGGAGGAGAAUGUGUAUGAAGACACAAAGGAUCGUGGCGUUUGUGCUCGUGCGCUUUAUGACUACCAGGCUGCUGAUGACACAGAGAUCUCCUUCGACCCAGACGACAUUAUCACUGGCAUCGAGAUGAUUGAUGAAGGCUGGUGGCGAGGUUAUGGACCAGAUGGGCGUUUUGGAAUGUUCCCAGCCAAUUAUGUGGAGCUUAUGCAGUGAUCAGAUUAAUUUGUCCUGUUUAUAUUGUGUCUCAUAAGGGAACAGGUCUGGUACAUUUAAUUUGACAGAAAGUAUUCAUGGAUCAACGAAAGAAGAAACUCGACUUUUCACUUGUUUUGCUUUUUUUCCUUUUCUUUUUAUGGUUUCUAAGAUUCCAGCAAACAUUCCUUGAAACAGUAAUGCUCUGUUGUACACGUCAGCCUUUUAAAGAGGACCCAGUUUGUAUUGUGUGUUCAUGUGUGAUGCAGGAAAUGAUCUAUUUAAAAAAAAUACCUCAAAGCUGCAGUGUGUAACUUUUCUGGUAAAACAAAACGCUGUUGUGUGUUGACCCAAAGAUCCUAAAGCGCUUUGCAUUUUAAGCUUCUGGAGUGAGUAAUAUUAGCUUGACCCAUAUGUUUGUGUUUGCAGUUUUGCUGCUUUACACCAAUACACAGUGGAUCCGAAACGACAGAUGUGCUUUUUAGAGUGGUGUACUGAUGUACUGGAGAUUUAAUCCAUAAUACCCAACUAAAACACAAACAUACAGUUAAAAAAUAAAAAGACAAGAUUUGCAGUCAGUCGGGAGGCUAAAUUAAAUGGAUUAAAAGGGUUAUUAGAUGAAAUAAGGAUUAACAAUGAAUUUGAGCUUUAAAGUAUUUUUUCUCAUUUGGUGGCCAACAAACUCCCCAUGUUCAAAACCAUGUACAUACAGUGAUUUGUACAUAUUAGAUUAGUUUGGAUCCAGUGGUGUCUCAGUGGUUAAUGUACUGGACUAGUAAACAGAAGCUCGAUGGCUUAAGCUCCACUUUUGCCAGGUUGCCACUGCUGGCGUCCUGUACAAGGCCCUUAUCCUUCAGUUGCUUGGACUGUAAUCAGUCAAAACUGUAAAAAAAAAAACGUCUACUAAAUACUGUAAAUUUUAAUGCUAGUUGCUUGUCCAAUAUCUUAAAGGCUGAAAAGUUACAUAAUGCAGUUUUGAAUGUGUCAUCAGCACUUCUGUCUCAUUCCUGUCCAAACCCUUUUUACUUUGCAGUUGAACGAUCGUUUAGACUCAUUCUGUAGAUUUGAGAAGGUGAAAUAAUCAGAUCUUAGUGUUGUUUAAACCCUGGGUCACAACCCUUGGGUGGGAAAAAAAUGUGUGUCUGUGUGUCAGAGAAAAUUAAUAAUUAAAUAAACGUGUACGCGAACGCCCCCUUGUGGAGGCUUUGUGAUGCAUCUUGUAUAGAGAUAAUAAGAUGCAUUGUGUUGCCUGGGUUGUGUAAAAAAUCAUGGACAAAAUGUGGGUCGCUUAAAAAAAAAAAAGUUUAAAAAAACCUGCGUUUAAAGCAAUAAUUCCGCUUUAAAUACUUAAUGUUUUUUAUUUUUCUGUGCUUUAAAUUCUCACAGAACUAUUAGUAACGGCUGUUCUGUAAAAUGCACAAACGAUUGAGUGCCCGGUGUGACCGUGGCUUUUGAAUUUGCAUUAAGGCCACACAAACUCACAGAGCUGUUGCACACAAGCCACUGACCACGUUACCGUGUUGGCAUACAUGAUGAUAAAACAAAUCCAAUGAGAUGCAGCGUUUGGUCUUGCAGCAUUGCAUUGCAUUGGAGGAGCAGGUGCAGUACAUCCUGUAUGGUGCAAAAACCUAAUGUUAGGGGUAAAAUGUCAGUUGGACGACUUACGCUUCCAUCAUACACGACUGUUAAGUAAACUGCUUGUCCAGAGUGUUUUUCUCUCUGUGAAUCAUAAUGUUGAAAUGAUUUGUCAUAAUAGUCGUAAUAGCUCAUACAGUACAGAUGUAGUAGAUAAAAUAAGGUUAAAAUAUAAAUACUUUAAAGGUUUGCUGCUCAUGUGGCCUGUUGAAUUCCUCCAGCCUUGAUUUUUUUUUUUUUUUUUUUUGCCGUUUCUGCAUCUCUCGGUUCCUGAUCUAAAAUGCCAAGCGCUGGUGGUGAUCUGUGGUGGAAAGAGUGUCUGGAUCUUUAAUGAUGUUGAUGUGCAGCAGUGUAUAUUGCAGAAAAUCGAUGAUGUUAUGAAUAAUAAUCUGUGAUUAAAAUCUGUGGCUACUGUGUUUGUUGGUGCUCGAGGACUUUACCUUGCUGCCUGCUCAGAGAUAUACUGUGAUCUUUUAAGUUUCAGGGAGCCCGAAUCGAAUUCUGUCCUCCUCCUCUCACCUUUAAAUUCUAGAUUGAGUCUGAAUUGGUCCUUGUUUGCUUUUAGAUUAAUUUAUAAGAGCUGUGCAGAGUAAAAAAAAAAAAGUGGCGAAGACCAAACGCUUCCCUGCUGUCUAGGCUGUGCCAAUAGAAAAGCGACUAAGUAAUAAGGAUGUAUUUUAUAUAAUGUAAGCGUGGAUAAAUCAUUAAAGUACCAGCAGGAGCCUGGUUCUUCAGAUCAAUGUAAUUUACUGAUCAGUGUGUGGAAAAAUAGUUUUAAUCAGAAAAAUAAAAUAAAGGAACUUGACUGAAAA